AUGUGUUCACUAAACAUAGAAACACAGUACAAUGUCGCAAAACAACCGCAAAAUCUGAAAAACAAUGACCCAAUCGGUCGACAAGUGUUUAGUGAUACCGAUAUUGUUGACACAAAUAUUGAGUCUCAAUAUCGGGAUAUUGUGUUUACCGAUUAUAACAGUAAUAAUGUAACCGGUUUUGGGUCAUCCGUAGUGCCAAACAUUGUCCACUAUGUAGUGUUGGACAACCCGUAUAUGGAUUUCUCUCAUUACGUGUCGGUUCUAUCAGUCCUACGAAACCAGAAACCGGUGUCAGUUGUCUUUCAUUGUAAUUGUGAUCGACUUCGGGGCCGAUAUUGGGAAAAAUUGAUGUCAUUAAGUGAUAGUCACAGAUUACAACUCAGAUCUAUUGUCAAACCGGUGUUUAUAUUUGGCAAAAAGUUAUCAUCAGUUUAUCAUCAGUCAGACAUUGUCCGCAUAGAUAUUAUGAUGCGCUUCGGCGGUAUAUUUUUGGACAACGAUGUCUAUGUUGUCAAAAGUUUGGACAUAUUUCGCAAAUACGAGUUCACAAUUGGUUGGCCACUUGACGAAAAUAUAGGUACUCAGAUACUGAUCGGCCAUAAGAACGCACGGUUCCCGCGUCUGUGGUACGAGUCAUAUAAAAAAUAUCGGCCGACCCGUUGGUAUUACAACGCGGGACAGUUGCCCACACAGGACAUACUGAACCCAAAGCCAUCGCUAGUACAUCGGGAGCCGCGCUCACUGGGCGUCCAAAACUUAGUGCCAAUGCUCUACAACGAUAUGUAUCCACUUUGGGAACAAAACUUUUAUACUAUUCAUUUGUUGUCCAGACAUAAGUCAUAUCUGGUACCCAACGAUCCGAUCGUCUUAUUUGAUGAACGAAACAUCAGGACAUACAACAAGACAUUCGGACAAAUGGCAAGACUUGUAUUGUUUGACAGUAAAGAUCUCAUCAGUAAUGCCAUAACAGAUGAAUGACUGAUGAAGUCAUUGCUACUAUCAAUUAAC